CAUACCUCGUCCAAUCCGAUCUUCAAACAGUCUUUUUUUGGUAUUCCGUACUGAUACAAGCGGUAGCGGACGAGGAUUUAAAAUUGUUUACUCUUAUGAGGAUAUUGUCUCACCUCUUGCGAUCGAUAAUGUGGGAACUGAAAUAACUAGCCCAGGCUAUCCUCAAGGGUAUCCAGAAAAUCUUUUCGAAACUUGGAACAUACCUUCUAUGCCAAACAAGAUUACAAAUAUCGUCAUUUUAGACAUCUUGCUACAUCCCGUGUCCCCGGCAGAGUGCACGAGGGAUUAUUUAAACGUUUUUGAAAUGUCUGCUUCUGUGUUUAACUAUAACCGAUCGUUAUUACUUUGGUGUGGUCAUUCUAUCCCUGAACCAGUCAGCUCAACUUUCAACCUGAGUCUUGUAUUCGUUACAGACAACAGCAGACAUGAAAGAGGAUUUAAGUUUGUCUACUUUUACUCGAUUUACGCAGAAAUUGAAUCCACAUUUAUAAAAAGCCCAAAUUACCCGUGGAACUACCCAUAUCAAUCAAAUUACAAUUGGACUGUCUCUCCUAGACGUUACUCGAUUACGAAACUCAUCAAAUAGUGUACCCCGCGCUUGGGACGAUUACACGGGUGAAAUAUUGAGUCCAAACUAUCCAUUAAAUUACCGCCAUAACCGUAAUCACAAUUGGACCAUACAAUCUAGAACUAACAAG